AUGAAUCGAAGAGAUAACGCUCAUCAUUCAUCUCAAUUAUCCAGAGAUAGGAAUUUAGACAUUGGGAUGAAGAUAUCGUGGAGAAACCUCCACUACACUGUCAAAGCCAAGUACAGCAAAGCCCAGAUCAAAGACCUCAACACCAACGAUAAAUACUACGAUAAAGAAAUCUUGAAGCCCCAGAGCGGCUACAUUAAGUCAGGUGAAACCUGUUUCAUCAUGGGUUCUUCCGGAGCCGGCAAGACCACUCUGCUCAAUGCGCUCUGCGACCGAAUCACCCAAAACGCCAAGUGCAAGCUGGAAGGAGACAUCUUGCUGAACGACUCGUACCCGGUGAAGCAGAAGGACUUCGGAAAGUAUGGAGCCUACGUGAUGCAGGACGAUGUGUUAUUCCCAACACUUACUUGAGAAGAAGUCAUUACAUUCUCAGCAAGGCUCAAGCUUAAUAUCUCAGGUAAUGAUCUGAAAAGCAGAGUUGAUAAGAUCAUUGACAGCCUCGGGCUUAUCAAAUGUAAGGAUACUAAAAUUGGAAGCCAAGAACUGAAAGGUCUUAGUGGUGGUGAAAGAAAGAGAACUGCUAUUGGAGUUGAAAUGAUCACUGAUCCUCAAGUUCUUUUCCUUGAUGAACCAACUUCUGGAUUAGAUAGCUUCACAGCCAAUAAAAUUGUCAGACUCCUGGUUGAUCAGUCUCGUCAAGGCAGAACUGUCAUUGCAACCAUACAUCAGCCAAGCUCCAGCACUUUUGCUCUGUUCGAUAGACUCAUUCUGCUGAUGGAUGGCCACUUGAUCUACCAAGGCAAAGCUGAUCAGGCAGCCAGCUAUUUCCAAGGACUGGGCUUCAAGAUUCCGACGUAUGCAAACCCAUCAGAUUUCUUCUUGAAGGAGUUCUACGUGCCAUUCAGGAAGACAGCAAAGGACUCAGAAAAGUUGGACAGAUUGGUCCAAGGAUACGAAAUUAACAUGAAGAAAGCUGUGGAAGUUGAGAACAAAGAGACUAAUAACUACGAAGAGAUAACUUCCGAGAAACUUAAAGACGACAAUCAUCAUGCUAAUUUCUUUAUCGAGUUUAAAGAACUCCUCAAAAGAACUAUCAAGAAUAUAGUAAGAAAUCCCUUGAUGAUAAAGAUCAGGAUGAUGCAGACCCUGGUCACUGCUAUUCUAUGCUGCCUCAUCUUCUGGGAUUUGGAGGAAGACCGACAAGGAGUGUAUGGAAAAGCAGGUCUUGCCUUCUUUGUAAGCAUCAACCAAACCAUGACUGGAAUGAUGGGAGUGCUAUUAGUGUUUAUACUCGAAAGACCAGUGUUCCUAAGAGAGCAUGCUAAUAAGACAUACGGGCUAACUUCUUAUUUCAUUACAAAGUCCUUGGUGGAAGCUCCAUUUCAGUUGUUGUUUCCAAUUAUAACUUCACUGAUUGUAUAUUUCCCGGUUGGAAUGACAGCAGAUUUUGAUAAAUUCUUGAUAUUUACACUUGUGCUAGUAGUUCUCGUGUUCAGUGCAACCUCGGUGGGUUUCUUCCUUGGAUGCCUGUUCGACAACUCUUCAGUGGCCACGCCUGCCUCCAUGAUGGUCCUGCUUCCUUAUAUUAUUUUUGGAGGAUAUUUUGUCAAUUUGAAGGAUGUCUAUGUAUGGCUGAGCUGGCUACAGUACAUUUCACCAUUGAGAUACUCGACAGAAGCGUUGUUGAGGAACGAGUUUGAGGAUAACUCAGAUUAUUCAGAGGAUUUUCAGAGGAUUUAUGAGGGAUUUGAUUAUAAUAUAGGGCUAUGGACGUGCAUUGGUAUUCUCACAAUUUUGUCUUUUGUUUUCAGAGCAGGUGCUUACGUUGCACUCAGAUUAACCGUUUCCAAAGUUCAAUAA